AUGGGUAACUGUAACGGUGUUCCAUCUGCCGGUAACCAAUCCCGACCGGACACCAACAACAGCAAGGAUCCCCACCAUGGCAUCAGUGUCAUACCUGUUGAUGCAUCGGCUCCAAGACCACCAAAACCUCCAACCCAGCACCUGUCGUCCCCCGCCGCCCCCAGCCACCACAUCGCUACCUCCACUGCUCCACAGAUGAGUCGUGUGCUCGGUCGUCCCAUGGAGGAUGUCCAGUCAACUUACGACUUCGGCCGUGAGCUCGGUCGUGGGCAGUUCGGUGUUACCUACUUGGUGACUCACAAAGAAACCAAGCAACAAUUCGCUUGUAAAUCUAUCACUACCCGUAAGCUUAUCAACCAUGAUGAUAUCGAAGACGUCCUCCGCGAAGUCCAGAUCAUGUACCACCUCACCGACCACAGGAAUAUUGUGGAGCUGCACGGUACUUACGAGGAUCGGCACUUCGUGAAUCUAAUAAUGGAGCUUUGUGCUGGAGGGGAGUUGUUUGACUGGAUUAUAGCAAAGGGUCAUUAUUCAGAGAGGGAGGCGGCUAAAUUGUGCCGGUAUAUCGUGACAGUGGUGCAUAACUGUCAUUCCAUGGUGGUUAUGCAUAGGGACUUGAAGCCUGAGAAUUUCUUGUUCUUGAGCAAGGACGAGGAUUCUCCAUUGAAGGCUACAGAUUUCGGUUUCUCAGUACUUUUUAAGCCAGGAGAUGUUUUUAAGGAUCUUGUUGGAAGUGCUUAUUAUGUGGCUCCCGAAGUACUGCGCCGCCGCUAUGGACAUAAAGCUGAUAUUUGGAGUGAUGGGGUGAUUCUUUACAUUCUCCUCAGUGGGGUCCCAGCAUUCUACGGAGAAACUGAACAGAAUAUCUUUGAUUCUAUUCUUCGGGGAAAUAUUGAUUUCUCAUCAGAUCCAUGGCCCUCUGUUUCCAGCAGUGCCAAAGAUCUCGUGAGGAAGAUGCUACGAGAUGACCCUAAAGAUCGGAUUUCAGCAGUUGAAGUCUUGAAUCAUCCAUGGAUGCGUGAAGAUGGUGAUGCAUCUGAUAAGCCUCUUGAUGUUGCUGUUUUAUCUAGAAUGAAGCAAUUCAGGGCAAUGAACAAACUCAAAAAAGUUGCUUUGAAGGUAAUUGCAGAAAAUUUAUCUGAAGAGGAAAUCAUAGGUUUGAAGGAGAUGUUCAAAUCAAUGGACAUUGAUCAUAGCGGAACAAUCACCUUUGAGGAGUUGAAAGAUGGACUUCCUAAACUCGGUACUAAGCUUUCUGAGCAUGAAGUGAGGCAGUUAAUGGAAGCGGCUGAUGUUGAUGGAAAUAGAACAAUUGAUUACAUUGAGUUUAUAACAGCUACCAUGCACAUGAAUAGAAUGGAAAGAGAAGAACACUUGUACACUGCUUUCCAAUACUUUGACAAAGACAAUAGCGGUUACAUUACAAUGGAAGAGCUAGAGCAGGCCCUUAAGAAGUAUAAUAUGGGUGAUGAGAAAGCAGUAAAAGAGAUCAUUGCUGAAGUUGAUACAGACAGGGAUGGAAGAAUUAACUAUGAUGAGUUUGUUGCGAUGAUGAGAAAAGGCAACCCAGAGUUGGCCAAUAACCGACGACGCAAGUAAAGCCUGAAUGCAGCCUGCAUAUCCGCUGGCUCAAAUUCAACUCUAUAAUGGUUAAUGUAUAUUUUUUGUUUUACUAUGACAGCAAUCAAGUGUAAACUCAGUUUCACCAUCUGAAAUCGAGAAACAACCCUUGUUUUAAGAAAUUAUUAGUCGUUUGUUUAUUUGUGCUCCGAGAAAUGAAUAGAUUGCCAUCAAACUGCAGGGUACUGAA